AUGGCCCACUCUGUCAAUAUUCUCCAUUUUGGAGACCAGACAGUUGACAUCAGCUCAUCCUUGCGGGAGCUGAUGAGCCUUUCAAAGGACACGCCUUCUCUUGACCGGUUAUUGCGCGAAUGCACACAAAGAGUGGUCGACAGUAAUAUUGUAUCACUGACAAGGGAACGCCAGUCAUGCUCAAAUAGGACAUUGGCAGAUCUUGUGGAUAGACUGAAAGUUGCCAGUGAAGAGAGGCCGGCAGUUACUACGGUUCUCAUGUGCAUCUAUCAACUUGGCUGCUAUUUAAUAUACCUUGAAAAGUGUCAAAGAUGCCCCACGUUAUACUCAAAAACGAACAUUUUGGGGUUAUGUACAGGAAUGCUACCUGCAGCCACAGCCACAUGUAUUGAUUCCACAUCAGAGCUUCUCGAUAUUGCACCUGAGAUUGUCGGCGUCGCAUGUCGACUUGGUAUUACUGUUAGCCGUCGCUCCUGGGCGCUUGAAGCAACAACCGGCAACUGGGCAACCUCGGUAUCGGGGAUCACUUUCGAACAAUUACAAGAUGCUAUCCAAGAAUUUGAUGGAACAUACUGCACAGACAACCACCUCAUUCACUGUGUCUGGCCCACCCCUGUCACUACAGCAGUUUAG